AUGAUAUCAGGAAAUGCAUCCUUUUCACUCAAAUUAAACAAAGAAUGUUUCUUGGAGCAACGUUUGAAAUAUCUCUUUUUCUUUCUUUUUCUCUCACGCUUUUCCCCUUCUUUUUAUUCUUACUGUUCUUCUCAUAUUCAUUCCCCCAAAACUUUGUUUUCUUUACCACCACCUUUUCCUUCUCAUCUUAUUCUCCCCCUCCAUCACAAAAUCCUCCUCUUCCUUUUUGUUGCCAAUUUGCUCCUCCCCUUCCUUUUUCUACUUUUUCUAUUACUCUCUUUCUUUCUUUCUUUCUUUCUUUCUUUCUUUCUUUCUUCUUCUUCUCUAAUUUUUCUUUACAUACACCUCUACCACCCCCUUCAAAUUUUCUCCUCCUCCUCUUUCUUCUCGUUUUCCUCUGCUCUCUUCCUUUUUUGCGUCUCCUCCUGCCGUCUGCUGUUCUUGUUCUCCUCUUCGAUUCUUCUUCUUCUUCUUCUUCUUCUUCUUGAUUAUCACCUGAUCGUUGUGACUUUAGGAUUUUCUUUUCUUUUACUUGGCAGAUGUUGUUUAGUAAUAUCGCUCCACCAAUAUGACCAUUCAACCACGAACACAGAGAGGAAAACAACAUUCCAAGAUCAAAAAAUCCCACGCGGUAAUUCGACUCUCCUCUCAAAGACUCGAGGCAAAAGUUUUCCAUCCACCGGAACUACAUAUAUAUAUGUGUGUGUGUGUGUUUAUAUCUAUCUAUCUAUCUAUCUAUCUAUCUAUCUAUCUUAUCUAUCUAUCUCUGUUCAUUAUCUAUCUCAUUCUGUUGAUAUCUAUCUAUCUAUCUAUCUAUCUAUCUAUCUAUCUAUCUAUCUAUCUAACUAA